AUGUCAAGAUUUUUGAUCUUUAGAAUCGUUGAAAAGCAUACGCAAUCGAUUUUAUCGAAUCAGAAGGAGAGAGGAUCCCAGUGGGGAAGCUAUAGAACUGCUGUUAUAGCUGCUUUAAGGUCGCCUCAAUUCAGAGUUUACUCUUCUUCCUCUGCUAGAAUUCCGAUCAAUGGAAGUCUUUUGAGUAAUCGCUUGUCGCGAUGUUAUUCUACGGCAUCUACGAGAAAUGUAGUUACUUCUCAUGCUCAAGUUGCUUGGAAAAGGCUUCAUCAUAAAUAUUCUGUGUGCCAUUGGAGCUUACCUCGUAUAAGUACUAUUGCUCAAGCGUUCAGCUUGUCUCUUACCCGUUCACACUUGUUAAUACCCGGCAUCGUUGCUGUAACUUGUGGACAAGUAGCAUGGGCGCAAAGAGCUCCUAGUUCGGCGAUAGAUUAUUCUUCAAAUAAAUCCCUCUAUACAAGGGCAAAGAAUGGUCCUAUCUUUCUGACUUCGUUAUUGUUUUCGCUUAUAGAGGGUUUUAUUUUGAUUGGGAGGGCUUUAUAUAUAGCUUGUUUGUUUACUCCUAGUGUUCUGAUGGGGCUUGUUGUGGAAUUAUGUGGGCCUCGUUUUAGGAAAAUAUGGCUUGAGAUGGUACAUCAAACUCUGGAAAGAGCAGGUCCUGCUUUCAUCAAAUGGGGUCAAUGGGCAGCCACACGACCAGAUCUCUUCCCCAAGGAUUUGUGUUCACAGCUCUCAAAGCUUCACAGUGAUGCUCCUCAGCAUAGUUUUGCACACACUAAGAAAACUAUCGAGAAGGCAUUUGGUCGUAAACUUUCUGAGAUAUUUGAAGAGUUUGAAGAGAAGCCAGUGGCAUCCGGGAGUAUUGCCCAAGUGCAUAGAGCUUCUUUGAGGUUUCAGUAUCCAGGACAAAAGUCCAAGUCUUCGUUGGUUGCUGUAAAAGUUAGACAUCCAGGUGUUGGUGAAUCGAUUAGGAGAGAUUUUGUGAUUAUUAAUUUGGUGGCAAAGGUAUCGACUUUAAUUCCGGCUUUGAAAUGGUUGAGAUUGGACGAGAGUGUGCAACAGUUUGGUGUCUUCAUGUUGUCUCAAGUUGAUCUGGCGAGGGAAGCUUCUCAUUUGAGUCGGUUCAUAUACAACUUCCGCAGAUGGAAAGAUGUAUCUUUUCCUAAACCUGUGUAUCCACUUGUACAUCCUGCUGUUUUGGUGGAGACAUAUGAGCACGGAGAAAGCGUGGCUCUUUAUGUUGAUGGCAUGGAAGGACAUGAAUGGAUUAAGACUAGACUGGCUCACAUCGGGACUCAUGCUCUAUUGAAGAUGCUCCUGGUUGACAACUUUAUUCACGCUGACAUGCAUCCGGGAAAUAUCCUUGUCCGGAAAAAGGCUUCCCGUGGAGGCCUUUUCAACACGAAGAAGCCUCACAUUGUUUUCCUUGAUGUGGGAAUGACUGCGGAACUUGCAAAGAACGACCGAGAAAACUUACUUGAAUUUUUCAAGGCGGUUGCACUUAGGGAUGGCCGAACUGCUGCUGAGCGAGCACUUAAAUUAUCAAGAAAGCAGAAUUGUCCUAAUCCAGAGGCUUUUAUUGAGGAAGUAGAGGAAGCAUUCAAAUUCUGGGGGACCCCUGAGGGAGAUUUAGUACAUCCAGCAGAUUGCAUGCACGAAUUACUUGAGAAAGUAAGACGUCAUAGAGUUAAUAUUGACGGGAAUGUGUGCACUGUGAUGGUAACAACAUUAGUUCUCGAGGGUUGGCAACGGAAACUUGAUCCAGGAUACGAUGUGAUGCACACGCUACAAACAAUGGUGCUGAAAACCGACUGGGCUAAGUCUCUUUCUUACACUAUAGAUGGUCUGAUGGCGCCGUAG